AUGGGUGCCGCGCUCUUGGCUUCUUGGCCAUGGGACAACCUCGGCUUCUACAAGUACCUUCUGUACGGCCCGCUGGUGGGCAAGGCGGUGGCGUCACGGGCGUGGGAGGCGGCGAGCCCCGACCGCUGGAUCCUCCUCCUGCUCCUCCUCUUCGGCCUCCGCGCCCUCACCUACCAGCUCUGGAGCUCCUACAGCAACAUGCUCUUCGCCACGCGCCGCCGCCGCGUCGUCCGCGACGGCGUCGACUUCCACCAGAUCGACAAGGAGUGGGACUGGGACAACUUCCUGAUCCUGCACGCCCUGAUGGCGGCCACGGCGCUGUACGCGUUCCCGUCGCUGCGCCACCUCCCGCUCUGGCCGGACGCCCGGGGCCUCGCCGUCGCGGUCCUCGUCCACGCCUCGGCCACCGAGCCCCUGGCCUACGCGGCGCACAGGGCGUUCCACGGCGCCAUCGGCGGCCGCCUCUACUCCCGGUACCACUCGCUGCACCACUCCACCAGGGUGCCGCAGCCGUUCACGGCCGGCCUCGCCACGCCGCUGGAGCACAUGGUGCUGGGCGCGCUCAUGGCGCUGCCCCUCGCGGCCGCGUGCGCGGCCGGGUGCGGCUCCGUCGCGCUCGCCUUCGCCUACGUGCUCGGCUUCGACUUCCUCCGCGCCAUGGGACACUGCAACGUCGAGGUCAUCCCCAGCUCGCUCUUCCAGGCGUUCCCGGUCCUCAGAUACCUCAUCUACACCCCGACGUACCACGCGAUCCACCACACCAAGAAGGAGGCCAAUUUCUGUCUCUUCAUGCCGCUGUUUGAUCGGCUGGGUGGCACCAUCGACCCGCAGUCGUGGGACAUGCACAAGAAGAUGAGCGCAGGUGUGGACGAGGUGCCGGACUUCGUGUUCCUGGCGCACGUGGUGGACGUGAUGCAGUCGCUGCACGUGCCCUUCGUCCUGCGGACCUUCGCCUCCACGCCAUUCUCCGUGCAGCUCUUCCUGCUGCCCAUGUGGCCCUUCGCCUUCCUCGUCAUGCUCGCCAUGUGGGUCUGGUCCAAGACCUUCGUCAUCUCCUGCUACAACCUCCGCGGACGGCUGCACCAGAUUUGGGCCGUCCCCAGAUACGGCUUCCAGUACUUCUUGCCGUUUGCCAAGGACGGCAUCAACAAGCAGAUCGAGCUCGCCAUCCUCAGGGCCGACAAGAUGGGCGUCAAGGUCCUCAGCCUUGCAGCCCUAAACAAGAACGAGGCGCUGAACGGCGGCGGCACGCUGUUCGUGAACAAGCACCCGGACCUUCGCGUGCGCGUCGUCCACGGCAACACGCUGACGGCGGCGGUGAUCCUGAACGAGAUCCCCAAGGGCACGGCGGAGGUGUUCAUGACGGGCGCCACGUCCAAGCUCGGCAGGGCCAUCGCGCUGUACCUGUGCAAGAAGAGGGUCCGCGUCAUGAUGAUGACCCUGUCGACGGAGCGGUUCCAGAAGAUCCAGAAGGAGGCGCCGGCGGAGUUCCAGCAGUACCUGGUGCAGGUGACCAAGUACCGGUCCGCGCAGCACUGCAGGACGUGGAUCGUCGGCAAGUGGCUGUCGCCGCGGGAGCAGCGGUGGGCGCCGCCAGGCACGCACUUCCACCAGUUCGUCGUGCCGCCCAUCAUCGGCUUCCGCCGGGACUGCACCUACGGCAAGCUCGCCGCCAUGCGCCUCCCCAAGGACGUGCAGGGCCUGGGCGCCUGCGAGUACUCGCUGGAGCGCGGGGUGGUGCACGCGUGCCACGCCGGCGGCGUCGUCCACUUCCUCGAGGGCUACACGCACCACGAGGUGGGCGCAAUCGACGUCGACCGCAUCGACGUCGUCUGGGAGGCCGCUUUCAAGCACGGACUCCGGCCCGCAUGA